CGUGGUGAGGAGGAAGAAACGAGCAGCGAAUUCGUUCACGCACAGACAGAAAUAAUCCCGCACCACCGACACAGACGCACCGGGCUGAAAAGCCAUGCAGGCUGAGAAGAGAUGGCACAUACUGUUGGGUGUAAUUCUUUUGCUCGUCACCUCCAGCCGGUGCUUGGACAGCAGAGAAGGGACGAACAAGGGCAAGCGAAAUUUGCUGGACCUUCUAGUGCGUAUCAUCGAGGAGAGAGAAAGGAUCAACUCACAAGAAAAAUCCAUCCAUUUAGCCAGGCUGGAUCACAGCAGGCCUGUAGAGAUCGUCCUGAGAGACGUCAGCAUAAAGGACAAGUUCAUAAAGCAUUUCACAGCAGGACCAGUCAAGUUCUCGUCUGAGUGCAGGACACAUUUCCACAGGAUUUACCACAACACCAAGGACUGCGCCCAGCCAGCGUACUAUAAAAGAUGUGCGAGGUUGCUGACGAGGCUAGCCAUGAGCCCGCUGUGUGCUCAGCCAUAGAAACCACAUGUGAGAUCUACAGAAGACGGAGCUCCGUUCUCAAAGGAAGUGCCUUCCAGUCCCGGCGGUCUUUAGGUUUUUUCAUUCGCUCCAGCAAUGAAAUGAUGUUCAGAUAAAAUACUGAAACGUUUAUGUUUUUUUUUUAUAUUGUUUAUUUGUGUUUAUAUUAAAAUGC